GACUCCAAGUGACGAAGAUGUAUUUGUUACGCAUUUUCCCACUUUCGAAGCUUGGAUUAAGAAAUUGGGUGAUAGACACGAGAAAAUGUUUCACCAAGAAGCCCCGUGGGAUUUUGCGUAUGCACUUUUCUUAUUAACUUUCGGGUCAAUAUGGAAUCUUGGCAAUGACAAAGAAAUUUCAGGAGAGAACAAACAUGAAGAAGGCAUGAAAAAAUUAUCAGAACCUUUCAGAGAACUGUCAGAAACUGUGGUACCUGAUAUAGAGAGUCAAACCUUGGAACAUAAAAUAAAAAAACUCCAAGAAUCAAUUCAACACAUAGAUUCUUCUUGGCAUGACUCAUCCAGAGAAUUGACUAUUAAAGAAUUUUACAAAGUUCUAAAAGAGAGAAAUGUUACUCGAAAGAAAAUAGUUUGUUUAGAAAACCACGAAAGGUAUAUCGAGCCUAUUGAAGAAGAAAUUCAGGAAUUGA